AUGGCCUACAACACUGCAUCAGACCAAAUCGAAUGGCACAUGCAUCAGCUGAGACAGUGGAUGAUGCCCACCUCGGCACCAUCGAAAUCUGCCUUGGAAAUGCCUGGCCAGUCAUUCCCUCAGGACUACUAUUUGCAAAAUGUACCCUCGAAUGAUCUGUACGACUAUGAUGCCUUCAGUACGCCUGACCAUACACCAACUACUCUUCACCGUGCUCAUACCAUCGGCAACCUUUCAGAGUUUGACUACGCCUACGACUACUUUCAUCCCAGCCACGGCCCGGCAACUCCAGGAAGUUGGGCUGGCGAUGACAGAGGCCACUUCGAUGAUGUUCUGUCAGUAUACUCAGAGGCUCCUUCAAGCUACAUCUCGUCAGACCUGUCGGAGCAGACAAGACUUGAGUCAAUCAUCUCGUCAAGUCGGAAUACUCCUCCGGUUCUUCCACAUUCAUCCUCGAUUGUUGCAGACCCUACAUCGGAAGUGGAUUCGCUCAUGAAGACACUACAGCCGCCUCCAGUACCAUCCAUUCCCAUUCACAUCAACACAAAACCCAAAAAGCACCUAUGCCCCUAUACUGAUUGUGGCAAAUCAUUCUCCCAACCAACCCACUUGAAGAUUCAUCUCCGUUCUCAUACAGGAGAAAAGCCAUAUAUUUGCUCUGUCCCUACGUGUCGGCAAGCGUUCUCCCAGCUCGGAAAUUUACGUACUCAUGAGCGACGACAUAUUGGCCAAAGGCCCAAUCGGAAGAGAGCUUUGUCUGAUCCUGGUGCACGCCAGAAGAGGUAUGAGUGCAAGCUUGAUGGCUGUAGAAACACCGAAGAUGGCCACGGUGGGAAAGUGUUUACACAACUUGGUAACCUCAAAGCCCACAUGAACAAGUUCCACAAAGAGACCCUUGCACGACUCUCCCAACAGUUUUCUGCCAAUCCAAAUGAUCCUGAAGAGGAAGAAUUGAGGGCCUACUUCCAGGAGCUGUACAGACACAGUAACAAAGGAAUCAAGGGGCGGGGCAAGGGACGUAAAGUCGAAGUCCUUGCCACUCGUGAUCAACCUUGA